AUGGGUUCAUCGCCUUCUGAGCCAAGCUCUGAGUCUAGUGAGAACUCACCAAGGUCAGGCUCAUAUGGUUCUCUAGCGGUGGAAGAAGGGCGAAAGAGUCUCUCCAGUGCAAUGUGGCGAACUACACGAACUAGGCGUGAGAUGAAGCAAGAUUGGCACUUGAUGAUAGGAUUUGUGUGUGGGUGUGAAAGAUAUGAAAUGAGAUGUGGUGGAAUGCAACAGUGGUAUAUGAUGAGGUGCGAUUUCCAUCACUUCCAUGUGGAGAAUCGCCUAAUGGACAUACAAGCCAGGGCCUUUAAAUACAAGAGGAUUAGGUUUAGGGUCAAAGGAAAGUCAAGGGGGAAGCAACAUUUUUCGGGUUUGACUUUGACUUCUCAGCUCGAUCGAGUUGAAGCUUGGCCGGUCGAGUUGAGGAACUCGACCGGUUGGUCGAGUAGAUGGUCGAGCUGGUCUUCAAGAUGGCUUCCUCCUUCUUCCUUUGCGUAUCCAGUUGAGCUGCGUCCAUGCACCAAGUCCUUCCAUGCUCCUCACGUCCCAUAUGCUCCAGAAUGCUCCAAAAGACCUAUUUCAAAGGACCAAACAUGCAUAUGUAUGCAAAUGCAACCUAAAACUACUAUGAAUGCAUAA